AUGGGCAAAUGUUUCGCAAAGCAAGUGAAAGAAAAAGAAGAAAGAAAAAAGAUUUUAGGCACUUCGCUGAAAAAAUUUAUCACAAACCCCGGACGAUGGAGCUUAAACAAACGUCAUAGUUUCAGAGACAAGGAAGAGAAACGUGAUAUCGAUCUCGAACAUCUUCAUUUUGAAAACAACAAAAACUCUGAAGGUGAAGAACCGGCGAAGACGACCACAAUGGCGGCUGAAAGAAGACUGAAGAAAUUGCAGAUGGAAAGUCCACCGGGGUUCGAGAAGUUCGACUCCGAGGUGGAUUGGCAAACCAUCGACCCCGAAAUUUCCCUGAAACUUUGGGAAGAUGUGUUCAAGCCGCUUUAUACUUUUCCUGUAAUGAAGCAUUUCCUGGAAGAUUCUGGGUAG